CCACCCCAAUAGGAUCUGGUGGAAGAAAAAGUCAGGCAAACACACAGGCACACGCCACUGGCAGAUCAGAACUUCUAGCCGGCUCUCUGCUGCCACAGCUCCACCAAAAGGGUGGGGAGGAGGAGAAGGCCCGACCCAGAGCCCAGAGGAGAGGCAGGUGUGCUCAGGUGUAUUACCUGGAUCAUGAGGUCAUCCCUCUGCUGGCUCCUCCCACUUCUCAUCUUGGCCUCUGUGGCUCAAGGCCAGUCUACAAGAAGACAAAGACCUGGGCCUGGGCCCGGUCGCAGGCCCCGGCCCCGGCCCCAACCCACACCCACACGCAGCUUUCCUCAGCCCCAUGAGCCAGCAGAGCCCACAGACCUGCCUCCUCCGCUCCCUCCGGGUCCUCCAUCUAUCUUUCCUGACUGUCCCCGGGAAUGCUACUGUCCCCCUGAUUUCCCCUCAGCUCUCUACUGUGAUAGCCGCAACCUGCGCACCGUCCCUGUCAUCCCACCCCGCAUCCACUACCUCUAUCUCCAGAACAACUUCAUCUCUGAGCUGCCAGUGGAGUCCUUCAAAAAUGCCACAGGCCUGAGGUGGGUCAACCUGGACAACAACCGCAUCCGCAAGGUGGACCAAAGGGUGCUGGAGAAGCUCCCGGGCCUCGUGUUCCUCUACAUGGAGAAAAAUCAGCUAGAGGAGGUACCCGCGGCCCUGCCCCCAAGCUUGGAGCAGCUCAGGCUGAGCCAGAACCUCAUCUCCAGGAUCCCACCUGGCGUCUUCAGCAAACUGGAGAAACUGUUGCUCCUUGAUCUGCAGCACAACAAGCUGAGCGACGGAGUCUUCAAGCCUGACACCUUUCAGGGCCUCAAGAACCUCAUGCAGCUCAACCUGGCCCACAACAUCCUGAGAAAAAUGCCUCCCAAGGUGCCUGCAGCCCUUCACCAACUCUACCUGGACAGCAACAAGAUCGAGACCAUCCCCAGUGGAUACUUCAAGGGUUUCCCCAACCUGGCCUUCAUUCGGCUGAACUACAACAGGCUGUCAGACCGAGGGCUUCCUAAGAACUCCUUCAACAUCUCCAACCUGCUGGUGCUGCACCUGUCCCACAACAAGAUCAGCAAGGUGCCUGCUAUCAGCAACAAGCUGGAGCAUCUGUACCUCAACAACAACAGCAUCGAGAAAAUCAAUGGGACACAGAUUUGCCCCGGCAACCUGCUGGCCUUCCAGGACUUUUCCUCAGAUCUGGAGAAUGUGCCACACCUGCGCUACCUGCGGCUAGACGGGAACUACCUAAAGCCGCCCAUCCCGCUAGACCUCAUGAUGUGCUUCCGUCUGCUGCAGUCCGUGAUCAUCUAGGCCCUGCCCCGGCUGGAUACCCUCUGACUGCACUUGAAGGCUGGUGGCCCAGGCGCUUGGCCCACCGUUUCUUUCUCCCUUUCAUUCCUCCUAUGCCUCUCCUAUCUCCCCUUUCUGAGGACAGGAAAUGCCAUGUGCUCUGCUGCAGCUCUGGAGCAAGAUUUCCCAGGGCUUUAUUCAGUCCUCCCAGUUUGAAGGCACCCCCUGCACACACGCCCAAACUACUCCUGGGCAAUGCGGGGCCAUGGACUGAUGUCUGACCUUGAUUCUGGCCAAGUGUGAAGCAGAAGAUGGUCCAGGGAAGCUCACAUGUGCCCUUCUGAAAGGCCCUCUGGAGACUCCUCAGGCCCUGACACCUCUGCCUUAAAGAGGCUGAGAACCUCAGGUCUCCUCAACCUUCUUCCCAAAUUGCCGCUCCAUCACUGUUCCCUGACACUGCACAGCUGCGUUCUGCAGGAAGGAAGCGCAAGAGGUGGGACACAGGGCCACAAAGCCCUGCAUUUGGCCAUCUCUCCACAGGGAAGAGUUGGAAGCCGCUCCUUCUUUUCAGGGAAAACAUGGCGCACAUCCUCCUGGCUGGGCCUCAGAGAGGAACAACCACGGUAGAGAAGAGCAACUUAAGGAGCUAGGAAUUAGCUGGAAGAGGGCAGGGGUCAGAGCCCCAGCAUGGGCCAAUACUUUGGGUGUGGAUGAGUCUAGCGGUGCCCCUCCCCCAACCUCAAUGAGAAGCAUGAGGCCCCGGGGAACAGAGUGUUCACACAGGAGGGUCAAGAGGUCCAGCCCCACCCAACCAUCUGUUUUCUGUUAGUGUGGAUGGCCCAGUCAUUUCCACCACCACCAAUUCCCCACCCCCAUGGGGAGUGGUCUUAGAGACAGGGAAGAAGGGGUGGAGCAUCUGGAAAUCUCCCAGAAGUCUCUUCUGCCUGAAAACUGCCCUAUCUCCAAGUCAGACACAUCAGUGACACCUGGUGGCUGUGGAAAGUCACAAGUGAUCCAGUCUUUUCACUGGGGUGAUUGGGGUAAUGUUCCAAGGAGCUGGUGUAGGGUCUCAGUUUGGAAAAGCUGUGGGUGAUAGGAAUGGUGGUGCUCUCCUCUAGAGUAUAAAGGGUCAAAAGUCCACAGAGAGAGAGCACAGAUGGGAAGCCUUUGGGAGCCGAGGUACAGAUGCAGUUUAACCUUGACCGUGCCGGCUCCCUUCCACUGUGAACUAUCGCAUCUGUAAACCCAGGCCAGUGGUGGCCUGCUCUGAGAUCCCCCCAGCAUUGUGGGCCAAGUGUUCUGGUCUGCUCUCUAAAGCAUACCCUGAUGCAGGACAAGUCCUAAAAGAUAUCCUCUCCCUUGCAGUAAUUUAUGGACUGUCUCUCCCCAGAGAAACUUCUCCAACCUUCUUACUUGGCUCUGGUUAGCUGGGCAGGUCUCCAAGAAGAGCCCUCACCUUCACCCCUUCCUUCUUCUUAGGGGUGCUGCCCCUCCAUAGUCCCCUGGUGUAUAUGCUGGUGGGGAAUAUUGGAAGGAGGAGGAUCUAGAAAUGAGUGAGACGCAGUACCCAGCCUCAAGUUAGAAUGAGAAAUGCUCCCGAGGUUCUCAAAGAAUUGGAUUACACAGGGCCCCGAACUUCAAAGAAUCCCCAUCACCUUCUUGCUCAACUGUCUCUUCUGCUAAAUAUAGAACGCAGUACCUGCUUCAUCAUAGCCCUCCCUGCUUCCGUCCCCUGCUGCUUGCUGGUUUCUCCAAGGCUUAUGCUUAAAGUCAGUAUAUUAGUAUGGCUGUAAGCAACCUGGUGCUAUGCCUGGAUAAACCCCUUUCCACUCCUUAUUCACACCUAAAACCUCAAUCCUUUUGAUGAGGCCCUUUGGUGAGCAUAGCCCCUGCGGCUUUCAGAGGGAGCCUGGUCCUGCAAACCUGAACGUUUUGUUUCAGCAGCCACAUGAUCACCAUCAUGCCAUUGCCCCAUCCCUCCACUGCUCUCCGCAGCUCUAACUCAGAGGAGUGAGAGUCCUCUUCAUCGGUACCUCCAUCCCUGCAUACACACAUACACAUAUUCACAUGCAGAGUGGUUUCCCUGGAGUUUAGAAAGUCCUGCCUGCUGACACAAGUUCAUUGCAUCAGUGCUGCUGGCAUCUGCAUGUACCGGUCAGUGCUUCGGGCAUGUACAGAUUCGGGUGUGUAAGUAGUGUGUAAAUGCACUCUGUACAUGUAUCUAUUCUCUCUUGCAGACCAUGUUAACUUUGAACCAACUUUCUCAUUUCAACAUGCUUCACAGCAGAGGAAAUAAAGUAAUAUGAAAACA